UUAUCUUCACAAAGUAACUAGGUGAACAAAUGCACGCUCAAAUGAACACUAAAAACACCAGUUUCAAAUUAUUUAUGCCUGACAUUCUACCACUGUGGGUUCUAUUUUCUAAUUAUCUUCAAUUAAAACAUGACUGAAAAGGUAAUUGUAAAUGUGAAAGAAGGUAGAGUGCGCGGAUUCAAAAGUAAGACAGCGUAUUCCGGAGUAGAAUAUUAUACGUUUCUGGGAGUUCCUUAUGGACAAUCAACUGCUGGUUCAGCUCGUUUCAAAGACCCCGUCAAGGCAAAACCAUGGACUCAUAUCCUAGACGCAACCGUGGAAAAAGGAGGCUGCAGGCAAUUCGCAAUGUGGAGAAAAGAGACGAUCGGUUCCGAAGAUUGUUUAUAUAACAACAUCUACACACCCAAAAUACCAUCUAAAGGAGAUCCUUUGAAAGCAGUUAUUGUGUUCAUCCAUCCAGGAGCGUUAACAAAUGGUUCACCAGAUCCGUCUUCUUUCGGAGCUCCAGAUUACAUUAUGCAUAAAGAAGUCGUUUACGUCUGUGUAGCAUACCGAUUACACAUACUAGGUUUUUUGAACUUGCAUUUGAAAACGUGCUCGGGAAAUCAGGGUUUGAAAGAUAUUAUUCUGAGUUUGCAAUGGAUCAAAGAAAACAUCAGCAGUUUCGGAGGUGAUCCGGAUAACGUAACCUUGAUGGGAAGUAGCAGCGGGUCCUUACUAGUACAUUAUUUAUUACUGUCACCUUUGGCUAAGGGUUUAUACCAUAAAGCCGUUCUUAUGGGAGUUUACGCGUUCUGUCCAGUCUCCGUGAUUCCGCCAGAAAACGUAUCAAUAGCGCACAAAAUGGCUCAAUCGAUCGGUUACGACGGUCAACCAGGCGAAAACAAAAAAUUGCUCAGAUUUUACAAGAGCCUCGACUUUUUUGGAUUUUUAGUGAAGAGACCUGAAUCAUUUUUCGAAGAAACUACUAUUCAAGUGUAUCCUGUAUCACCGUUCAUGCUCACUUCAGAACCAGGAGAAAACUCACCUAUACCAGUAUCACCGAAGAAACUUAUUCCUUCAACAAAUCGUGUUCCGGUAUUGAUUGGAUUUUGCGAAAAAGAAGCCAUAAUGGGUGUUGCGAUACUUCGUGAUCGUGGAGCUUUUAAAACAUCUAUAAAAAACACUUUCUAUAAAGCUAUCCGUCAGAAUCACUUCGGCUGGGGAGCUGCUUUAGAGGAAGAGGAAUUAAAAAUCAUACAAAAGGAAGUGGAAAACUUUUAUUUGGCAGGAAAUGCAAUAGAAACAGCCACAGACUCGGUUUUGUGCGAUAUCUUGACAGAUGCUGCCUUAUCGGACGUUUACGAUUCAUUAAUAAAUGUUAUUUCUGCAGACCUUCCUUCAUCGGUAUUUGUUUAUAAUUUUUUGUACGAUGGAAAGUUAUGCAUGCUAAAACCCAGAAUGACGCGAUUGUUGGGCAAAGAAUUACCAGGAGCUUGCCACGCUACCGAAAACUGUUAUUGGUCUUACAUCGACGAAAAUACAGUUGGUAAGAAUAUGAACCGCAUACAGCUCAAAGAUCGGCAAAUGAUAGAAACAUUCACAAGUAUGCUGACUACAUUUGCCAAGAAUUCUAACCCUAAUUAUAAAGAAAUGGAAGUCGAAUGGAAACCAACAAAUCCGGAUCAUCCUAGUCAUUUAAUUAUUGAUGAAAAACUUGAAGUUAAAGAUGGACUUUUGAAUGGCGAUCGAAUGGAGUUUUGGCACAAAUUGAAAAAUCAAUUCCAAAAAGUUAGAGAAAAUUUGCACACGAAACCCAAUGACGUGGCGAAUGGUUCCUUGUUGGGAGGCACAGAACCAGAAAUUUCCAACCGAGUAUAGUGAUUUUUCCAACUGGCUUCUAGUUGACAUUUUUUCGGGCUGGGGAGGACAGAUAGGAGGGGGGAUACUAAUGUAUCUGAUAAAACGUUGCGGUUUAAAACAGAAAUAAGAGAUUAAAUGACAAUUUUUUA